AAAUCACCUCUUCAAUAUAAUUGAAUAAACUUGUUGAAACUAUUUUCAAUUGUAUAUAAAAAUGUCUGAAUUCAAAGACUGGUACAAUAAUGUGCCAUUCUUUACCCGGUAUUGGCUGACAUUCACUAUAAUUCUGAGUAUAGUUGGGAGAUUUGGUAUCAUCAGUUACUAUUAUUUCGUGCUGGAUUACUAUCCGUUUAUUCACCAAUUCCAGAUAUGGAGACCGCUCACGGCACUGUUCUACUAUCCCAUCGGUCCAUCAACUGGAUUCCACUUCCUGAUAAAUUGCUAUUUCCUCUAUAACUAUUCACAAAGACUAGAGACAGGAAUGUUUGCUGGGAAGCCUGCAGACUACCUUUACAUGUUGCUAUUCAACUGGGCUUGUUGUGUUCUUAUAGGAUUACUAGUUGGCCUACCAAUACUCAUGGAUCCUAUGGUUCUGUCAGUGCUGUAUGUAUGGUGUCAAUUGAACAAGGAUGUUAUUGUGUCCUUCUGGUUCGGCACUCGCUUCAAAGCCAUGUACCUGCCUUGGGUGCUGUUAGCUUUCAACCUAGUUAUAAGUGGAGGUGGCAUAAUGGAACUGCUGGGUAUUCUAAUUGGGCAUCUGGCAUUCUUCUUGUUGUUUAAGUAUCCACAAGAGUUCGGUGGUCCAGCCCUCUUGACACCUCCUUCAUUCUUAAAACAAAUAUUCCCUGACACGAGAUAUAUGGGAGGCUUCGGUACAGCACCCCAAGCGAGAAUUCCUACUCGACCCGGCGGCAACGUCUUUGGUGGCCACAAUUGGGGGCGUGGGCAAACACUAGGAGGGAAUUGAACAUAUUAGGAUCAAAUAAGUGGUAAUGGAACGUCAGAUUUCUAAAUAAAAGCAAUGUGGUUUCUGUUGUUCUACUGCAAAGGAAUGGAUGUUGUGAUCUACUCUGGGAACUAAUUUUAUUCUUAUUACAGUGGAUGGAACACUGAUAUUUUUGAAACUUUAGAAUUAUACACUAGUAAAUAAAUUAAAAAUUCAAUAUUGCGUUGGCAAUGAACGAACUGAUCUGGUUAUUGGUUUAUUAAAUUUUGUUGUGAUUACAUUUUGAGAGAACAGUACAAAAAAAUAUUGUAGUGAGAUUGAUAUCGAGAUCUCCAGAGUAGGCUUACCCCAUAUAUGAGUUUUUUUAUACGGCCUUAACCGAGUGUAUGUAUAUGCGGAAUAAUAUUAUAAACUCAUUUGUUCCAUACCUCGUUACCUAUAAAAACGACUGAAGGAAUCUUAAAGAAAUUUGACGUGAAAAUGGAUUUCACAAUUAUUAUCAUGAGGACAGAUAUAGGAUAGUUUUGCCUAAAGAAAAACAUACAAAGUCAAAGGCAUCUGUUAGUUCCAAAUAAGUAAAAAAAUAACAAAUCCGUUUCUCGCUUGUUAUUUUUUACCUUCAUAUAAUGAGUUAAUUGUACACUGUUUAUUCAGGGUAAAAGAGUAAUUAAUUAUUUUGUGUACCUCAAUUUUUUGUUGCUAUAUUUCAGAUUCUGAUAGCCAUUAAGUUUUCAAUGGAAAAAA